AUAACUAAAUGCUUUGUGUGGUUUUGAAAUUCCACGGAACAGGACUGAUAACCUGAAACGAUGUCCUCAAAAGAUCCCAGAAACCAAGAUCUAGUCUUUUGGUUUUGGAGUUCUGUUUAGCACAUCAGGCGGCGAAUUACUGGGAUUCGGUUUUAGAACAUACGCUAUUAGCAACUACUGAUUCAUAUAAAGCGAAAUCAGAUCUUUGCAGUACUAUAAAACUAAAGGGUUAACAAAAGUUAUCUGACCUUCUGUCUUUACAAUUGGAGACUGACGUAUGCAUCUUGAUGGACUGAUCGCUCCUACGAUUGUUUCAUCCAUAAUAUCAAAUUAAAAUCCACAACAACUUCAUAUAAAUUUAUUCAAUUGCCGCUCUUUUUUCGAAACCUUAUUCCAAUGGAAACUGUCAACAUUUUAUGUUCUCAGAUCUAAGUAUACUUCUGUGUCUUUCCUACCUAGGCGUUGCAUACUCUAUAGAAUUAAAUAAUCAAGUCAUUCAGUGGUUGAAUUUCCAUAUAUCAACGAGGAGCACAAUAUUUCCGCAUGUUCCUUAAAACACUUCAAGAUUUAAAAGAUAUAAUAGUUACCAAACCCGGUGUUUAUGAUGUUUAUUUGAAAACAAAUGAACCGGUUUCAGAAGAAAAAAUUCAAAUAUGGGAGUCGCUUAACAACUUAACUUUGCCAAAUGAUUUAAAAGACUUUUAUCUGACUACUAAUGGCAUCGAGCUUGGAUGGUACAGUAUUUGUAAUGAAAAAACAUCUGUAGCUGGACUAAUCAAGAUAAAUAAACUAGAGGAUUUCAAAUCCAUAAAAUUAAGUUGCAUAAAUCUUGAUGGAGAGGCAAAAAACGACGAUUUUGAGGUAUUUGUAAACAGUUUGCUGGGCCCUGGAUUCAAUAGAUGGCCGACUAGUUAUGAACUAGAAAAGUGUCUGAAUGGCACUACGGUUAUUUUUGUUUUUAGUGAUAAUCAAGAAGGUGUUUUUAUUUUAAAUAAUGAUUUGAGUAUUCACAAGAUUUGCUGCACAUUUCGGCAGUACAUCAGAUUAGCAGUUGUACAUUUAGGCUUACAAGAUUGGCAACUUUGGUACACUGACGAUGAUCCAAUUCCAAGUAGCCAACAAUUAUGUUCUUUAUACACACCUGAACGUUUGUUUCUGAAUACACGUGAAUCUCACGAACAAUUUUCAGCGAACUUAGAAGACUGGGUUCCUGUUUCCCUUAACUCCAGGAAACUACUGAACUUUGAAUUUUCUAGUAGGAUGAAUCGUUCUAAUUCUUUUGGAAAAACUACCGUUCAAUCGGAUAUGUCGAACAAACACGGAAGUUCUACUGACUUAUGGGAUUCAAGAUCAAAUGUUAUUGUGAAUACUGGUAGAAGGUCAAAAAAAUGAAAACUGUUGAAAAGUGUUUAUUUAUUUAUUCAUCUUGAGGAUUUUUUUGUAAUUAUUAAAUGAUCUUUGGCUUCAACAAGUAUUCCUUAAGUCGAAUUAUUUAGAGCCAAUAAUAUAAAUUAUAUUUUGAAAUAUAUAUUUGAAAAGAUGA